AUGACUUCUCCUCAUCACGUAUCACCGCCACGCAUAUUGAUUACUGAUUUCGUUUGGUCGUCCACCGGGCCUGAGCGGCUGGUGUUGGCCGAAAUCGGCGCCGAGGUGGUGGAAGCUCCGGAUGGGUCAGAGGAUACUCUGGUUGCGUUGGCCGCCGACUGCGACGGCAUCAUGACGUGCUUCGCCCAGGUUACGCCCCGGGUCGUUCAGGCUGCGCAGCGUUGCCGCGUCAUCAGCCGGUAUGGGGUGGGAGUGGACAACAUCGCGGUUGACGUUGCCACUGAGUUGGGAAUACCCGUAACUUAUGUGCCGGAUUAUUGCGUUGACGAAGUAAGCGAUCAUGUCAUGGCCCUCCUGCUGACCUGGAAUCGACAGGUGGGUUUCUACGACCGGAUGGCGAAAGCCGGUAAAUGGGAGGGAGUUGGGUCGCCGCAUCCGUUGACGAGGCUCCGCACCCAAACGAUCGGAGUAAUCGGGUUCGGCAGGAUUGGUCGCGCAGUGGCACGCAAGGCGAGAUCGUUCGGUUUGGCGGUGUUGGUGUACGAUCCAUAUCUGCCUGCCGAUGCCGCCCUUCCCGAUGGCAUAUCGGCUUCGACAUUCGAGAGCGUAUUGGCCGGCUCCGAUUACGUUACAUUACACACGCCGCUGAACGACGACACCCGCGGUUUAAUCGACGACUGCGCAAUUAACCACAUGAAAUCAUCGGCAUACCUGAUCAAUUGCGCUCGCGGACCCAUCAUCGACGAAACCGCGUUAUACAAAGCGUUGCGAGAUGAACGCAUCGCGGGCGCGGGGCUGGAUGUCAUGGAAUCCGCAGCACCGCCAGCCAGCCAUCCACUGUUUGAAUUGGACAACGUGAUCGUCACACCCCAUGUGGCCUUUUUGUCGCAACAAUCGGUACUGGAGCUGGAAGAACGAACCGCCAGAGCUACCGUGGACGUUUUGCAGGGGCGGAUGCCGGAAUUCCUCGUUAAUCCCGCGGUUCUGUCCCACUCACGAAUCGCACUGCAAUAA